AUGAACGCUGCUGCCUUCCCCCUCGGCGACUACCUCGACGCCAUCUUCGGCACCAAGGACACCCGUCAGGCACCUCCUCAAGCUCCUCCUGGCUUCCCUUCCAUGGGCAUGCCACCAAUGGGCUCUCCCACCCCAGGUUUCCCUCCCAUGGGUCCUCCCAUGGGAACUGGUGCCCCAACACCUGGCUUCCCCCCUAUGGGCGCACCAACACCUGGCUUCCCCCCUAUGGGCCCUCCAUCCGGUCUCCCUCCCAUGGGCGCACCAACCCCCGGAUUCCCUCCCAUGGGCCCACCCAUGGGCACCGGCGCCCCAACACCCCCCGGCUUCCCCAUGCCCAUGCCCACCGGCGGAGCCUUCCCAGGCGGUCCCGGCGGCUCCAGCAACAUGCCCCCCUCUUGGCCCGUCCGCGCGCGCGCCGCCCGCAACCUAGCCAUCGACUACCAGCUCGCCCCACGCCAAGGCGGCGACCUGCCCCUCCCUUCCUUCUCGCUCGCAGACCCCGAGAACGGCGGCGCACCUACUCCCACUGAGUCCCCCUCCGGCGGCGGUGAAGAAGGCCCAGGAGGUUUCCCGGGACUACCCACUCCCACGCCUGGUGCUCCCGAGGGCCCCGGCGGCGGAUUCCCAGCGCCCACAGGCGGAUUCCCGGGUCUGCCUACUGGGGCGCCUGAGGGACCUGGUGGACCUGGUGGACCGGGUGGUUUCCCGACGGAGCUUCCUUCUUUCCCUAUGCCGACUGGUAUGCCUGGUGGAUCGGGUGGUUUCCCUGGUCUGCCUGGUACUGGUAUGCCUGGUCUGCCUACUACCAUGGAGACGAUGACGCGUGGACCUAAGCCAACUGGUAUGCCUGAACUUCCUGGUCAGGAGGAUGGUCAGCAGGGUCCUGGUGGUGACAACGGGUCUGGUGGCUGGUGGAGCUGGCUUGGUGGAUUGUUUGGCGGUGGUAAGGGAGACGGCGAGGGUGCUGGUGCUGGUGAGGGUGAGGGUGCUGGAAGUGGAAUUGGCGCUUAG